CUGAUGACGCCUGACGAGAGCGAGAGCGAUCAACGAUUUCGUAAUCGUAAGUCGCGAUGGACAGCGAUGGAUGGGUGGUAAGAGAGUAAGGGUAAAGUAAGACUGAGAUGAGCGACUAGCGAGAGCCUUGCGACUUGCGAGCACUUGAGCAGUGGUAAGCCGGCAAUCACUCGAAUCACCGCUGGCUUCGCUUCAGCUGAUUUUAGAGUUGAGCCUUGCUGAAUUAGCAAUAUCGGCAUUCGGGCAUUCGGCAUCAUUCGGUAGUUUCGACAGUUUCAGGCAGUUUGUUUCAAUCGGCCAACGAAUAUUGAGACUAUUGAGUAGCAACGAGCAGUAACGAGCUAACGAGUCGCUCGAGAACACGCGACAGGCGUGACGAUUGAUCGCGGAUGACCUGGCAUUGUGUUCGCGAAAAGAAGCUUCCACGCUUAUCCGAGGACGAGGAACAUGUAUACCGUAUCAAAAGGACCUAGCAAGAUUGUAGCGAAAACACGACGAGGGAUCAGUCAGAAUCUCGAGAGACUGGAAACUUUGCGCGAUUUGACGAGGAAGACCGAUAUCGAAGACGACCACGAGAUCACCUGUCACGUACCAAAGCCAGUCUUCCAUAUGAAUGGGAAAUCCAAGUUUAUCUCACAGCGACAUCAGAUGCAACAAGUUAUUACUCCACAGCAUGAGGAACUUAUCAAAUUUAUUUAUGAAUCAUGGAAUCAAGUUAAUACACUGCAAAGAAACGAAUGUUGCGAUGAUACAGAAUGUACAGAACUUUGCAGUCCUAAGGAUUCAAUAGUAUAUUACAAUGAUGGUGAACCAAACAAUAAUCUGCAAGACUUUAAACCGUUUGAUUUGGAAUCUUGGUGGGGCAAACGAUUGUUUAACAAUAUCACCAAGUCACUCUGAGAUAUUCGUAUAAAGCUAAGAUUAUUUUUCCAAGGACUUGUACUACUUUAAAAGUAGUAUCACAGCUCGCGCUACGCAAAUUAACUAGUAUCGCGUUUUAAAUAUGUGAUUAAAAUCUGGCCGAGUUCGAAAAUUAAUGAAAUAGUGUUAAAUAUGGAUCUCGGAUAUGAAUUUAACAUAUGUAUCAAGUCGUAUCAAAUUACCUGUGAAAAUAUCACUCGAGUUGUACAUAAUACGCAUACGAUCAUAUCACAUGUUAUGAAGCGAUAAGUCAGUAUAUUUGCAAGCU